CCGCAACGGCGAGCCGAUCAGGCCCUGAGUGAUGGCUUCUUCGAUAUCGGUCCCCUCAUCGGAGGAGGGUCCUUCCUCUGCGACUGUACUAUAGCCAACAAUGGAUUUUCUCUUUCCACCUCUGACGUGCUGAUGGAUACGGGAGCAGAUGGGUAUAUAUUCAUAAGCCCUAAACUCGCUAAGAAAAUGGUGAAGCAUCUCCAAUCAGAACAACUAGACAACUUUCGCAAGAGAGGUGUCUCAGACUACCGCGGCAAGUCCACCCAAGAAAUUAGCCAGUUGGUGAGGGGCCAUCUCCGGAUUCAAGGACGAACGAUACACAACGAGUGGAUGAUCGUCCUAGAGAUGAAGCACGACCUCCUUAUCGGCAAGAACUGGUUCGCCUACCACAAUAUCUGGCUCGAUUGCGCGGAACGGCGCUUGCUAUUCCCUACCGAUUGGGAAAUCGACCCUAGUCACUGGAAAGACAUAUCAGUUGGAAGGACGAAACUACUCAAGAGCCAGGACUAUCAGGAGGAUAUGAUCAGGAGGCAAGCAGCCAUGGAUGCCGAAGAUAAGAGGCGGCGGGAUAGACGGAGCGUUCGAGAAAGGAUUGAGGAACUCGAGCGACUCAAGGCUAUCCCAGUCGAACCGCCUAAGCCCAAGCCCAAAGCACCCCAACGCGUGUACUUCAUUACUGAGAAGAAGCCUACGAGGUCCCUCGCGAGCAACCCAAUACGACGACAGCUAGAUCGUAUGGAGAGGGAAGUCUUUACCCCAGAUCCCGAUGUCGAGGAGACCGAGAGGAAACAACCUUCUCCCCGACUACCCAAGAUCACGAUCGCAUCUCUAUACCCCGAGUCCGACAUUAGGGGCCCCUACAAGAUGAAAAGGGACGCGAUCGGUUGGUAUAAGGAGCGUACGCCUGACUUGGCGACAGUGGGAGCCGUAUCAUUCCUUCGGACGGCCCGCAAGUCGAGGGAUUCAAUCCACGUUAUGUCUUUAUACGAGCUAGAUUGCUACAUUCAAGACCGUAGGGAGCAGCUACUACCCAGGGAUGAAGAAGACCUCGCAGAAAAAAUCACAACAACCGUCCCGAAGGUCUACCACGAUUUCCUAGAUGUGUUUAGUAAGGCCGAGUCUGACGUCCGGGCACCACAUCGCCCCGGUAAGGCCGACCACCGGAUAGAGCUCCUCGAGGGCAAGACACC